AUGCCUAAUCAGGAAGAACUAGCAGGUGGUAGCGUUGAAUCAUUAAAAUUAUUUAAAAACAAACGUAAGAAUUUAAAAUCCUCUCUUACUCGUUUUCAAAAUUACGUUGCCGGUUUAGAAGAAUCUUUCGAUAUUUUCGAAUUAAAGGCAAGGGUGCACAGAUCGGAAAACCUUUUAAGCGAGUUUGAAUCUAUACAAGAUCGUAUUGAAACUUUGGAACAUUCAGAUGAAUUAGACGAUUCAGAUCAAAUCAUGGAAUUUGAAAAUAAUUUUUUUAAAGUUAUGUCUAGGGCACGAAAACUUAUUGAAACGUGCCAUUCUGCACAUGCUUCUUCUAACGGUACAAAUUCCAAUAGCGUUCAGGGUCACCAGAGCUCGUUUAACCCUCACAAUAGCAUUAUUAAAUUACCCACAAUGCAUCUUCCCGAAUUUGAUGGAAGUUAUGACAAAUGGAUGGGUUUUUACGAUACCUUGGAUGCCCUUGUAAACAAAAAUGAAUCACUAACCAACGUUCAGCGCUUUUAUUAUUUGAAGUCAGCCUUGAAGGGCGAAGCCGCCCAUCUCUUAAAUUCAUUGGAGGUCACAGAUGCAAAUUAUAACAUCGCGUGGAAUUUGCUAAAAGAGCGCUAUGAAAAUAGAAAGUUAAUAAUUAGCACGCACAUUAAAUCCAUUUUUGAAUUACCUUUAGUACUUAAGGACAGUCAUAAAUCAUUGCGUUCACUCAUUGACAAUUUCAACAAGCAUUUGAGAUCAUUAAAAAAUUUGGAAUUGCCUACAGACAAGUGGGAUAUUUUAUUGAUAUAUAUACUCGUUAACAAACUCGAUACGACUUCUAAACAUGAAUGGGAAAAAUCCUCGGUAAACAACUCCGAUUUACCAAGUUUGGCGGACUUAUUAAAAUUCUUAGUAGAUCGUUGUCAAAUAUUAGAAAAUAUGAGCGGUGACGAUUUAUCCAAACAGUUGUUACACAAACGAAGUACCAUGAAUCAUCUCACCAUAAACAAUUCAACCAUUACGAAGUGUCCUUAUUGCAAGGGGGACCAUAUGUUAUUUCGCUGUUCAGAAUUUUUAAAAUUAAGCGUACCAAAUCGGUGGAAUGAGGUCAAAAAAUUGAAAUUAUGUACUAACUGCUUCCGAUCGAAUCAUUUUAACAAUGAAUGCAGAGGAUCAUAUUGCCGAAAAUGCAACCGAAAUCAUAAUACUGUACUGCAUAAUAACUCAAAUGAUCGUUCGCAAGCAGACGGUACUUCAAGCACGGCUCCUAAAGAAAAUCCAACAUUAAGACGUGAUACACAAGAAUUUCGAACCCAAAGCCAAACGCAUCUAGUCGCCAACACUACCGAAACAAUUAUCACAACACAUUCCUUUUGUCCAGAAAAAUACGUGAUAUUAUCAACAGCAACAAUUAAUAUUAAGGGCGAGAUGGGCAAACUGGUGUCAUGUCGCGCUCUAUUAGAUUCAGGUUCCCAAUCGAAUUUUAUCACAGCGGAAUUAGUACAAAAAUUAGGAUUAACGGGGUCUAAAAUAAAUAUGAAAGUGUCAGGCGUGGAUAGAUCCACUACAAACAUAAAUAAAAGGGUCACUACGGAAAUCUCGUCUCUAUUCAAUAAUUUCAGACACGAAUUAGGAUUUUUAGUAUUACGAGACAUUACUGGUAAUGUACCGAUCAACAACAUUGCCAUUGAUAACUUAAAAUUACCUCAUGACAUUAAUCUAGCUGAUCAUGAAUUUCAUAUUUCGAGAAAGGUUGACGUAUUAUUAGGAUCAGGAAUAUUCUGGAAUUUGUUGCGUAUAGGGCAAAUUAAACUUUCGAAUCAUAACGCGAUGCUUCAAAAAACAGUGUUAGGUUGGGUAUUCGCAGGAUCUAUUAAUUGUAACACGAACGAUGAAGUACAGGCAUUACACUCAUCCAAUGUAGACGUGCAAGAUCAACUGGAAAAAUUUUGGAGUAUCGAGGAGUGUGAAGCACAACGUGAUUUCACAAACGAGGAAAUUUAUUGCGAAAGUCAUUUCACUUCAACAUUUAAACGCGACCCCAACGGUAGAUUUGUAGUACGGUUACCCAUGCGCGAUAAUCAUUUUAAUUUCGAAAACUCAUUAGGUAACGCGACGCGUAGAUUUUACUCUCUGGAAAACCGAUUUUCACGCGAUUUAGAAUUCAAGAAGGCAUAUCACGAAUUUAUUGAUGAAUAUGAGAGGCUUGGACAUAUGAGCGAAGUAAGGCCAGAAGACGAUACACUACAAACUAUUUUCUAUUUACCACACCACGGUGUGAUCAAAAACUCCAGCACAACAACAAAAUUGCGAGUCGUAUUCGAUGGCUCGUGUAAAUCUACGUCAGGGCAAUCAUUAAAUGACAAAUUGUGUGUCGGACCUCAUAUCCAGAGCGACUUAUUUUCCAUUAUAAUCCGUUUCAGAAAACACAAUAUUAUUUAUACCGCAGACAUCGCCAAGAUGUAUAGACAAAUUAACGUAGCCGAUGAUCAAAGGGACUUACAGCGGAUUGUCUGGCGAAACUGCGAUUCAGAACCUUUGCGCCAUUAUAGGUUAAACACCAUUACUUAUGGUACUGGCCCAGCUUCUUUUUUAGCAAUGCGAUGUUUACAACAGCUAGGAAACGAGAACAUGGAGCAGUUACCAGAUGCAAGCGACGCUAUAAUCAAUGAUUUUUAUAUGGACGAUUUGAUAACGGGAACGAGCACAGUGGAAGAAGCUAUUAAAAUUAAAGGCGAAAUUACAUCAAUUUUAGCAGGCGCAGGAUUUCAACUUCGAAAAUGGGCAUCGAAUCACAAGGCAAUUCUUAAUCAAUCGGACUCUAAACGCGAGGUAGAUAAAUAUUAUAUUUCGGAAAAGGAUGCCAAAACGUUAGGUUUAAUGUGGGAUACUGACGUGGACACAAUCGGGUUUUCAUUAUCAUAUAGCGCGAAGGAAGGUAAAAUCACAAAACGAUCUAUCCUAUCAAUUGUUGCGAAAAUUUUCGACCCUUUGGGUUUAUUAGGUCCACUCACAAUACGAAUUAAAAUAAUAUUACAACGUCUGUGGAAAAACAAAUUAAGUUGGGAUGAAGCGGUGCCCUGGGAUAUUUAUAUUGAAUGGAAACGAAUUUUAAACAAUUUAGGCAAUGUCGGUGAUAUAAAGCUACCAAGACAAGUAACCAUUAAAAACUAUGACGAAUUGGAGCUACAUGGAUUUUGCGACUCUUCAGAGGAGGCUUAUGGUUGUUGUGUAUAUAUUCGUAGUAUUGACAAAAAUGGAAACAUUAAAUGCAAUUUAUUGUGCGCGAAAUCCAGAGUAGCUCCUCUGAAACCUAUAACAAUUCCGAGAUUAGAGUUAUGCGGGGCAGUCUUAUUAGCGAAUUUGAUGCGUAAAGUUAUAAAUUCCUUCAAAGCAAAAUUUAGCAAAAUUUGUUACUGGUGUGAUUCUACAAUCGUAUUAUCGUGGAUCAAUUCGGAGCCAGCUAACUUUCAAAUCUUUGUUGCCAAUCGCGUGAAUGAAAUUCAAAAAUAUAGCGAUGCUUCACACUGGUACCAUGUAAAAACGACCGAGAAUCCUGCCGAUUUGAUUUCUCGAGGGUUAAGCCCGGAAAUGCUUCGUAUCAAUUCAUUUUGGUGGGAGGGGCCGAUGUGGCUUAAAGAGACAACGUACAUAUUACAAACAGUAAAAAAGAUGAAUGAAUUACCGGAAACGCGAAACACUAAUCAUAAAACAUUGUCACUUAUUACCAUUACGGAAGAAUUAGAAAUACUGAAAAAAUAUUCGAAUAUAAUUAAAUUACAACGCGUUCUAGCCUAUUCAUUACGAUUCGUCAAAAACUUAAGCACUCACAAAAAUGAUAAACUGAAAGGAGAACUAUCGGUCGAUGAAAUUAAAUGCGCGAUGCGAAAACUGAUUUUAGUUGUGCAAGCCCAAUCAUUCAAACGGGAAGUUGAAUUAAUAAAAAACGGGAAACGGCUAUCAGGUGCUAGCCAAAUUUUGUCACUAAAUCCGUUCGUAGAUAAAGAUGGUAUACUUCGCGUGGGGGGAAGGUUAUCUAAAUCUUCAUUUAAUAUGCGACACAAACACCCUAUAAUUUUGCCUUCCAACAGCACAUUAACGGAUUUAAUUAUCGAUCAUGAACACAAACGAAAUCUGCACAUAGGUGUCGAAGGUACCCUAUCGAUUAUACGUACUCAAUUUUGGCCGAUUCAUGGACGCAGUACAGUAAAGAAAGUAAUUCACAAAUGCAUUAAGUGUGCUAGAUUCAGACGUAAGAAUAUAAUACCCCUGAUGGGAAAUUUACCCCGCGAGCGACUUCAGCCUUCAAGGCCAUUUUUACACACCGCGGUCGAUUACGCCGGACCGUUUUUAAUUAAAGAUGGGAAAACCAGGAAUCGUAAAAUUAUUAAAGCAUAUUUGUGCUUAUUUGUAUGUUUUGCGACCAAAGCGGUCCAUUUGGAAUUAGCUGGAGACCUAACAACGCUAUCCUUCUUAAAUGCCUUUAAAAGAUUUGUUGGAAGAAGGGGGAUUUGCAGCUCACUAUAUUCAGAUAACGGCACCAAUUUUGUCGGUGCUAAUAGAGAGCUAAAAGAUAUUGACUGGAAAUUCAUUCCUAGUCGCUCACCUCAUUUUGGAGGUUUUUAUGAAGCGGCCAUUAAAUCGGCAAAGUCAAUUUUGAAAAAGGUAGUAGGCAACGCCCACUUAACGUUUGAACAGUUGUCCACGGUAUUUGUUCAAAUUGAAUCCGUACUAAAUUCCCGGCCCAUUACACCUAUCUCCAAUGAUCCUAACGAUUUACUGGCGUUGACGCCGGGACACUUUUUGAUUGGAGACAUCCCUCAAGAAAACGAUUUUUACACACCGGAAAGACGAUUAACCCAUUACACAAGACUGAAUCAAAUGUUCCAACAUUUCUGGAACAGGUGGAGCAAAGAGUACACCCACACCCUGCAAGCUAGGAGCAAGUGGAACUAUCAACGCGAACCAAUUCAAACUGGCACGAUGGUACUGUUAAAGGGCGAAUCAACACCUACAUUAUUGUGGCCGCUGGGGAGAGUCGUGGAGCUGCAUCCUGGUAGCGAUGGAACAACGAGAGUGGUAACAGUGCGAACCGGAAGUGGACUAGUCAAAAGAGCCGUCGCGAAACUGUGUGUGCUUCCUAUUGACGUAUAG